UGGAGCGAAGGCGAGCGGUGCCGGUGCCGCUAUCCGGAGCCGCGCCGGUGCCGGUCCGCGGGGCGACGCGCCCCUAUGAGCUGGUGAGGAGGCGGCGGUGAGCGAGGGAUGGCGGCGGGCGGCGGCGGGGAGCGACCGCCGGGCCCCGACCCCGCGCUGGAGCCCUACGUGCAGACCCGCAUCUUCAAAAUCAUCGUGAUCGGAGACUCCAACGUGGGCAAGACGUGCCUGACCUUCCGCUUCUGCGGGGGCACCUUCCCCGGCAAGACCGAGGCCACCAUCGGCGUGGACUUCCGCGAGAAGACGGUGGAGAUCGAGGGGGAGCGCAUCAAGGUGCAAGUGUGGGACACCGCUGGCCAGGAGAGGUUUCGGAAGAGUAUGGUGGAGCACUACUACCGCAAUGUGCAUGCUGUGGUCUUCGUGUAUGAUGUGACCAAGAUGAGCUCCUUCACCAACCUCAAGACGUGGAUCGAGGAGUGCAAUGGGCACGCGGUGCCCCCGCUCGUCCCCAGGGUGCUCGUGGGGAACAAGUGUGACUUGAAAGACCUGAUCCAGGUGCCAUCCAGCCUGGCCCUCAAGUUCGCCGACGCUCACAAUAUGCUUUUGUUUGAGACCUCAGCCAAGGACCCACAGGAGAGCCAGAACGUGGACGCGAUUUUCAUGUGCCUGGUGUGCCGGCUGAAGGCGCAGCGCUCGCUGCCCUGCCGGGACACGGAGGGCUGGCCGGCGCAGCCCCAGCCGCACGCUCGGCGGCUGGACGAGGCCAGCGGGAAAGGCUCCUGCCCGUGCUGAGCGGGACCCGCCCGGACCCCAAUAAAG